AAUCCACCUUCACAUUUGUUCACUUUGCAAGUUAGGACGAUCAGCUGAAUGCUAUCAAGAAGUUGAACAACAUUGUGAUAGAUGGGAGAAAGGUGUAGGUGGGGAUAGCUAAGUACCCGAAGACGAAGAGUCUGAGAAAUCCGGACGAAAAAAUGGUGAAAGGCUGAAGAGACGAUCGGAGGGAACCUCCAGAAAACCAGGGGAUACUGUAGAAUUACUUAAAAAGUUUAAUGAUUGAAGGUCUUACAAAGAAGUUUUAGAGAAUAGUAGUGAUUCUUCUGAUGGAGAAGCGAAUUCGAAGAUGAUGUCACGAGGGAACAAGAAACCCGACGAAUUUUUUCAUUCCAGCAAAAGAAAGGGAAUGGAUCGAUUGUUCUUUAACUGGGAUUGUAAAGACUGGGUACGAGUUAGAGUUCGUCCAGAAAGCCCUCUUCAACGAUGGCAUUGAUGUCAGGAUCAUGAGCUAGGGUUUUGCCAGGAAUUCGUGUAUCCUUAAUUUCCCUUCAGAAGAAGCAAUGAACGAUACAUGGCUGAACAAAAAGGUAGAGUUGUCGUACUGGUUUGAGUGGUUGGAUAAGCUUGUUAUGGAGAAGGGUGUUCCCAUGGCUUUCUGUUCCGUCAACCUAUAUGGAGUCCCUCUCAUCAGCUGGAACGAUUUUGUCUUCAAAAGUCUGGCUAACAGAUGGGGGCAUUUGGUCUGUAUUCCAAGAUGAAACAAAAACCAAAGAUGAUCUGACUGUGACUAAGCUCCUACUGAGGGUUGCUAGCCCGUUUGAUGUGCCAAAAUCUAUCAGACUAUUUGCAAAUGGAAGACCGUUCCUGAUAAAAAUUAAAACAGGGUUAUUUAAGUCAAGAUCGGACGUGUAUAGUGAUCAGAAUGAUGGGAUUUCUUCGGAGGAUAUCUGGGAAGAAAGUUCAUCGGAGAAUGGGGAACAUGAUGACCGGACUCAGCUGGUGAACCUGGGAGCUCAAUCGUCACUUGAGGAAGUCCAAAACAGAGUCAAUACGUGGCUCGAGGAAGGUCAGACAGGUGGCAAUGUUGAAUUAAAUCCAGAGGUUAAUUCCCAUGAGGAUAAUGAUGUUCCUGGUACUUGCUUUUUGAUGGAUACGAGGCACCAGUCAGAGGGGAUGAAUAAUGAUGAAAUGGAUUUUAAUGGCAGGGGUUCUGUUUCCAGUGGACAAAAUUAAUGCUAUUAACGUGGAGAGUGACCAUCAGAGUCAAAGGGGCGACUUUUAUUUCAGGGAAAUGGAGGUGGUUUCUUUUCCGACGAAAGUGGACAACCGAGGUGGAGUGCAUGAGGUUGAGGACGACAAAACUUUGACGAAACUGGACAACCGAGGUGGAUUGCAUGAGGAAUCCAAAAAUGACUGUUUUUUAAAGCACUACAUUGUGUUAAGCCUCUGUUUGUUUGCCGGGACACUGAGCUGGAUUUUAAGGUUUUGGUGUAAAUGCUGCGACAACUGCCAUGAUCUGCAUAGUUUGAAUUAUGAGAAGUGCCCGAAACAAACUGGAUGGUUUAGAAGUGUCUUGAAGAAAGCUCUGUUUUAUUUUUGCAUAUCAUGUUCUGUAUAUCCAUUAACUAUAUCCGGAUAAAACAAGCAUCUAUUAAUAGCAGCCCACUGGAAGAUUCACUUCUUCAUGUUGAGAUGGACAUUGAGGAAUGCCAUCACAUAGACUCUAGAAGCAUGCAGGGCUUUUGGGAUCAUAUGGGUUCAAAUUGAUCACUUCCAUAUUAGGUUAUUGUAUUGAUUAGAUAGUUUAUAAAUAUCUUUGUGAUUGGGGGGUUAAAAAUUUAAUUUGGUUCAGAUUACCCCUGCUCGAGAACCAUCUUUCCCAUUUUAGGAAAAACCAAACACGCAAUUAACCCCAAAGUCAUCCCCGUCGCCCCAUUGUCGACCAACUGUCUCCGAUCAGCGGUGGAGUGCACAGCCAUUGUCAAUUGAACCGCCAUUGUUCUUUGUUUAAUCUUCAACCGUUAUUGACUCCAAAUCGGCCACCGUCUGUCGUGUAGAAGGAGAAACUCGUUCUGCUCCUCAAUUGUCGAUCUCGGCUGCCUUGCUCCAAUACGCUAGAUCUAGUCGUAACGCAUAUACUGGGUCUAGGGGGUUACAAUCUGCGAGUUCUUUAUGCUCCAUUGAAAAAAAAUGAAAAUACAAGCUUGUUUGUUGAAUGGAUAUAUCUGUGUUCCCUAAUGCAUUAAAACUUUUUUAGAAUUUGAGGUGUACUUGUUUAUGGGGAAUUAUGGGAUUCACCUAGCAGAAAAGUAAAAAAUCAUCGACUGAAGUUUUCAAGUUGCUAUUUAUGAAUU